AUGGACGUGCCGCCCGUCAAACUGGCGGAGCUGCUGCGGCACCCCGACGACCUCGACAAGAUCGCCGCCCUCAAGGCCGAGUUCACGCGCAAGAAGGCGGCCGUCGACUCGCAGCUGCGCAGCGGCCUGCGCGACCAGCUCGAGACGACGCAGUCGGGCAUGAAUGGCCUCGCCGACGGGCAGAAGACGGUGCAGCAGAUCAAGGAGGAGAUGAUGAAGAUCGACAAGAUAUGCUCGGGCUCCCAGAACAUGAUCACCGACUUUGCCACCAUCAACCUCGUGUCCCAGGCCCACCGCAACUUUGGUGCCGUCGAGGCCAUGCGCCGCAACCUAGAAAUUUUCAGCGACCGCCUGAACGGCGUGCUCGAGAUGCUGCGCCAGGACGACGCCGACGCCGAGAACAUGCCCAACCUGCUCGCCAUCCACUACGAGCUGACGCAGCUGCGCAACAUCCGCGAUGACGCCAUCGAGCAGAUCCAGCGCGGCGACGACCCGAGCCUGCAGUCCACGCUCGAGGACUACUUUGAGCGCCUGGACAGCGCCGUCAAGUGGUUUGACGAGCACAUCACCCUGAUCGCUCAGAGUCUUAUCAAUCUGGUGGUCGACGACAAUAAUAGUCUUGUGGUCCGGUUCGCGCUGGUCAUUGAGGCCGAAGAGAAGAGCGACCAGAGGGUCCUGGCGCUCCAGGAGGCACUGAAGGACCACAAGGAGAUCGCCACGCGGUUCCAGAGCAUCACGGACGGCGCAAAGACGGUGAGGGGGUACAAGGACAAGUUCCUCAACGCCAUAAAGCAGGUCGGCGAGAGCCAGUUCGCCGAAAGCAGGGAGCAGUUCCUGGGAGAUCCCAAGGAACUGGAGAAGAGCCUCAAGUGGUACUUCAACGACCUCAACACGGUAAGGCUAGGCAUGGUGCAGCUGAUGCCGAAGAAGUGGAAGAUCUUCAAGACGUGGGCAACAAUGUACCACGACCUUAUGCACGCGUUUCUCGUGCGCCUCAUCGACGACCCGCAGACGUCGUCAUCACACACGCUCGAGAUUGUCAGCUGGCCUGAGAAAUACUACAGAAAGAUGAACAAGCUCGGCUUCAAGCAGGACGAGCUCACGCCGCACGUCAUCGACAACAGGGAGACAGAGCUCGUGCGCGACUUCCGCUCCCUCAUCAUCCGCUUCUUGGACGAGUGGAUCGACCGCAUAUUUGUGCAGGAGAGGAAGGACUUUGCCGCACGCAACGCCGAGGGUGGCAACCUUGAGGUGGACGAAUACGGCUACUUCCGGACCAAAAACUUGGUCGACCUGUGGAGGAUGUUGCGGGAGCAGCUGGACGUUGCGGCCAACUCGAAGCGGGCCGACGUUGUCGAGGGCGUGGUGGAUGCCAUGUUCCAGAGGCUGAGGACGCGCCAGCAGGGGUGGCAAAAGAUGCUCGAGGACGAGGCGGCGCGCUACGAGACGGGCAAGGUGGUGGAGCUGGACGGGUUCCAGCCCCUGCAGGACUGGCUGGUGGCCACGGCGAACGACCAGAUCGCCUGCAUCGACGACAGCGAGGACGGGAGCCGGCUGGGCUACCUCUCGGACUUCCAGAAGAAAUUCACCGACAUGGUCACGCCGCAGUACAUGGAGCGGGCCGAGAGCGAGGUCAUGGCGAUCCGCGACGGGUACGUGGACCUGAGCACGUGGUGCAUCACCAAGUUCGCGCAGCUCGUCUUCACCAUCGACUUCAAGACCGUCAUGCCUGACUUCUUCACGGCCAAGUGGUACACGAGCACGGCCAUGGCGCGCAUGGUGGCGACCUUUGAGGAGUACGUGAGCGACUACAAGCAGGUGCUGCACCACUCGCUCCUGGACAUCUUCAUCGAGAUCUUUGCCGAGGAGCUGCUGAUCCGCUACCUGUCGUCGGUGCGCAACAAGGGCGCCAAGUUCCGCCGCAGCGACAAGUUCCAAGACAAGAUCUUUGACGACCUGUCGACGGCGUUUGGCUACUUCAGCAACCUGCCCAACCCGGGCGUGGGCAUCUCCAUCAAGGAGACGUGGCGCGUCACGGAGCCGUUCCUGCAGCUGCUGACGGUCGAGAAGGAGCAGGUGCCCGCCGUGUUCGAGGCCUUCAAGCGCGGCUACUGGGACCUGCAGAUCAGCUGGGUCGAGGCCGUGCUCAGGUCGCGCGACGACUUUGAUAGGAGCAUGCUCAACGCCGUCAAGGCCAGGGCCGCCCAGAUGGACGUCGUCCGCGGCCCCGAGACGGUCAUGAGCAAGGUGAAAUGA